UUGGCCCCAAUCUAGUAAAAAAGCAAUUAAACUCAUCAAAAUGCAAACCUUUUCAACACCAUCUUCCCCAAAUUUUCUGUAGAUCAAAACCCUUCACUGAAUCAGGUGUUAGAUAAUUUUGAAAAGGUGUGAAAAAGAAGCAUGGUUGAUACUAAGAAACCGCGUAAAAGAGUUGCUUUUGUGUUGAUUGAUGGAUUGGGAGAUGUGUCGAUUCCGAGAUUUGGUUACAAGACUCCUUUAGAAGCUGCUAAAGUGCCAAAUUUGGAUGCCAUUGCUUCUGCUGGAGUUAAUGGUCUUAUGGACCCGGUUGAAGUUGGGUUAGGAUGUGGAAGUGACACUGCCCAUCUUUCUCUUCUAGGUUAUGACCCUCGAGUGUAUUACCGUGGACGAGGUGCGUUUGAAUCUAUGGGUGCUGGAUUGGCGAUGGCCCCAGGGGAUAUUGCUUUUAAGUCAAACUUUGCAACGUUGGAUGAGAAAAAAGGAGUAGUCACCAGCAGAAGAGCUGAUCGGCACUUUGAAGAAGAAGGGCCCAUCUUGUGUGCGGCGCUAGAUAAAAUGAAGUUGCCAUCUUUUCCUGAUUAUGAAGUCAGAGUCAGGUAUGCAACGGAACACAGAUGUGGGGUUGUUGUGAAAGGACCUAAACUAAGUGGAAAUAUAUCAGGAACGGACCCUUUGAAGGAUAACCGCUUACUUUUACAAGCACAAGCUCUUGAUGAUACAGAAGAAGCAAAACAUACUGCAACCGUUGUAAAUGAAUUAUCUAAAGAAAUUUCUAAAAUUUUGGUUGCUCAUCCUCUGAAUGGAAAACGUGCUUCUGAAGGGAAAAACAUUGCCAAUAUUGUCCUUUUACGAGGCUGUGGUAUUAGGAUUGAGGUUCCCACAUUUCAAAAGAAUCAUGGACUACGACCAUGCAUGGUAGCUCCCACGAAGAUCAUAGCUGGGCUUGGGUUAUCACUUGGCAUUGAUAUUCUAGAAGCUCCUGGAGCUACAGGAGAUUAUCGAACCUUAUUGACAUCCAAAGCCACUGCAAUAGCAAAGGCUUUGUCAUCACCUUUGCAGACUUGCCCCAAUGUUUUUGUACCAGGAGAAGAUGAGCACAAACAUGGCCCUUCAGACGGCUAUGAUUUUGGAUUCCUUCAUAUAAAGGCAAUAGACGAUGCAGGCCAUGAUAAAGCAAGUGUCUUUAAAGUCAAAGGGUUGGAAGCAGUUGACAAAGCCAUAGGGCAACUUGCCAGGCUUCUUUGGGAGGCAGAGUCGACAGGGCAAUUCCAGUUUUCCCUUUGUGUCACCGGAGACCACUCGACUCCUGUUGAAUACGGGGAUCACAGCUUUGAACCUGUACCGUUUACACUGUGUCGUUUGAGAGACUAUGUGGGUGCAGUUGGCGGAGAAUCUGUGGUCUUGCAAACUUCCCUUGAUACAUUUCCACUCCCGGUUAUUAAAGCUGGUGAAGACUUAUCAGCAGAUGUGGUGACAGAAGAGGAAAGAAGUCAGCAAAAUCAAGCCUUUUCUGGUGAUUCAGUUUGGAAGUUAGAUGAACUGGCGGUGGCAAAGGGUUGUCUUGGGCGAUUUCCGGGAAGUGAGAUGAUGGGAAUUAUUAAGAAAUUUCUUGAACUUGAAUUUUGAACAAGCUUCAAGAAUAACUGUUCCCUGGGUGAUAAAAAUGAUGUUGAAGUUAUACCUAUCUUCUGAUGCAGUUCACACUUACAUUUUUACCAUGAAGCUUUAAAGAACUUAAAGACAAUCUGUGUGCACCGUUUAGGAUCACGCCAGAUAUGACCGCUUAGGUGCCAACCCUUGUGGUUGGACCCACUUUUCAGAGGUUAUGAUCGGAAAAAGGAAUCAAUUGUAGUAUGUAAGACAAUAAUUUUGAAUACAAAUGCCAAAGCUUAUGUGAUCUUUUGAACUUAA